UAUGGUUUGCCGCGGUUUCCUUCAUCCAAGGCCCCUAAUUUCUCGCUUCUAUUAUUUGAAACUGCAAUUCCAAGCCCAUUUCUCCAACCUGUUUUGGAAAUCACAGCUAUGACUCUGCAUCAACUUCCACAUUUCCCCCCUUUCUUCAUCGCAUGUCUCCUCCUUUUAUUCACACGAGUCACUCAUCUCUCUGGACACUUUUUCUGUGGUGGAUAUGAUUUUCAGCAUCCUUUCGGAUUUAAGGAUAGUGGCUGGGGGGACUUAAGCCUUCAGCUCGAGUGUGAUUAUGGUGAUUAUGGUGAUGGAUGGCCAAAGCCUGUACUUGAUAUCAGUGGUAAGAAAUACUACAUUCUGCUUCCUAAAUUCUACGACUUCUUUAGAUCCAACCAUACAAUGGGGGGUACCAUGACAAUAAUCGACAAGGAGCUAAGAGAUAAUUGCGAUCCAUCUUCCAAUAACUACACGGAAUUAAGGUCCAGCUCUCAAUUUCACAUUGCCCAUACACAUAUAAACAUUAGCCUAGGGGGCAACUGCGAACCAGGGUGGAUAGACUUGCCCAAUCAAACAACUGGAUUGAUGUGUAACUCUGAUUGGCACUACAAUUUGACAGCAGACAUUAGUUGGGCUGAAGUAUGUAAAGUACAAGUUGUAUUACCAGUCAAUAAGUCAGAAGGACCUGUAGAUGACCAUCAUAUCAUAGAUGGAGGUUUCCCAAUUGAAUGGAAUGUCAGCGAAGCUUGUAGAGAUUGCCAGUUAAGUCACGGGUUUUGUGGUUAUAACAGCAGUUCGAGGCGGUUUCAUUGCAAGUGCCCCUGGGACAACCUAUAUCCUGACAGAUGCCCCGCAGAAAAGCCCAAGAAUAAGACUACCAUUGCUCUACCUCUAGGUUUCUCCAUUGGAGGCGUUGCCCUGGUAGCAGCAGUAAUACUGCUGCUAAUUUAUCUGAAGAAGAGGCCGUAUCCCAGGCGGGGCCUUUCUGGAAAUCUCGGAGAUUAUGAAAAAAACGAAUUGAAGGCAUAUCCGCACCAGUUUGUUAAUUUGUCCAUAUUUUCUUAUGAAGAACUUAAAUGGGCAACAAAUUUCUUCAACGAGAAAAACAAAGUUGGAGAUGGAGGGUUUGGGUCGGUGUAUUUCGGCAAGCUUGAAGACGGACGAACUGUAGCAGUAAAGAAGCUUUAUCAGCAAAACUGGAAGAGCGUCGAGCAAUUCAUUAACGAGGUACAGAUCUUAUCCUGUCUUAAACAUCCAAAUCUUGUGGAUCUUUAUGGGUGUAGCAGUCCAGGGAGUCCAUUUCUGCUGCUGGUUUAUGAAUUCAUGGGCAAUGGGACCUUGGCCGAUCAUCUUCACGGGAGUCGAAGAGCCCCAAAAGGUUUGCCUUGGGAAACACGUUUAAACAUUGCCGUAGAAACUGCUCAGGCUUUGGCGUUCCUUCAUGGCUUACAUCCGCCCAUAUUACACAGAGAUGUCAAAUCUACCAACAUUCUUCUAGAUGAAAAUUUCGGGGCAAAAGUUGCAGAUUUGGGGCUUUCCAGGCUCUUCCCUGAAAAUUUCUCGCACAUCACAACUACGCCGCAAGGUACGCCAGGCUAUAUAGACCCAGAUUAUCAUGAAUGCUUUCAACUCACAGAUAAGUCUGAUGUUUACAGCUUUGGGGUUGUUUUGGUGGAAAUUAUCUCUGCUAAAGUUGCUGUCGAUACAAGCCGAAAUAGAAAUGAAAUCAUCCUCGCUGCUAUGGCAUCAGACAAAAUUAGAAGGGGAGUUUUGGAUGAAAUUUUGGAUCCAGAUUUGCAGAUUGGAAUGGAGGAGGAGGUAAAGCUUGUAGUUUGUGCAGUUGCCGAAUUGGCGUUCAGAUGCCUGGCAACAGACAGGGAUGUUCGACCAGACAUGAAGGAGGUUGCAACUCGUCUUGAGGAGAUAAGACAGCAUCAACGAAGUUUGGCUUAUUGACCAAAGAAUCCACUGGUUAUUUAGAUAUUAAGGGGGUAAAUUUUGUAACUUUUGAUGUAUCAAGUCAUUUUAUGUUUAUAUA